UUAUACUCAACAAUCUCUUCUACUCAAUCUCAAUACCAGUUUUUUUGUGAAUAAAAAUAUGGCAUCUUUAUCUCAUUACCAUUACCAUCAAAAAGAUGAUGAUGAUGAUGAUGAAUAUUCACAUCUCUUUCAAGAAUUUGAUGACUUCCCUGCUAAUAUUCCGGAACCGAAAGAGCGAAAAAAACGUAUAUUUAUCGAGAGAAACCGGGAAGAAGGCGACCGGCAGCUAUGGAAUGAUUAUUUCUCGGAAACUCCUACAUACCCUCCCAAUAUAUUCCGACGGCGCUUUCGAAUGAGUAAACCCUUAUUCUUGCGUAUUGUCGACCGUCUCUCUACGGAAGUUGAGUAUUUUGCUCCAACAGAAGAUGCAGUCGGAAGGCAAAGUCUAUCACCACUCCAAAAAUGCACGGCUGCAAUUCGUCUAUUGGCUUAUGGUGGUGGGGCCGAUACAGUCGACGAAUAUGUCCGACUUGGUGAAACAACAGCUCGGAAUUGCUUGCAUCGAUUUUCCGCCGCAAUUAUCAACUUGUUUGGCCAUGAAUAUCUAAGACGUCCAACAUCGGAGGAUCUUGAAAGACUACUACAUAAGGGAGAAGAACGUGGAUUUCCCGGGAUGAUUGGAAGCAUCGACUGUAUGCACUGGGAGUGGAAGAAUUGCCCUACCGCUUGGCAAGGUAUGUACUCACGAGGAACCGAUAAACCAACGAUUGUCCUCGAGGCCGUAGCUUCUUAUGACCUCUGGAUAUGGCAUGCAUUUUUCGGAGCUCCAGGUACGAUGAACGAUCUUAAUAUUCUAGAUCGAUCACCUGUUUUUGAUGACAUUAUUAACGGAGUUGCUCCGGAAGUCAACUUCCAUGUGAACGGAAGGGAGUACGAUUUGGCCUACUAUCUCACUGAUGGUAUUUAUCCGGAAUGGACGACUUUUAUAAAAUCUAUCCGACUACCACAGGGUCCAAAGCAUUCACUAUUUGCUGAAACCCAAGAAGCUGUCCGAAAAGACGUUGAGCGUGCCUUUGGAGUCCUCCAAGCUAGAUUCGCCGUUAUUAAAAAUCCAGCAAGAAUAUGGAAAAAAUCCAUGAUAUCUAAUGUUAUGAGAGCAUGUAUCAUACUCCAUAAUAUGAUUGUAGAAGAUGAACGACGUACAGACGAUCAAGAUGAGACGUUUCAAGAUGCAGAUAUUUCUUUUCUCGUUAAGGAACCUACUGAGCUUUUCAGUUCACUUGAUCGUCGAGCAAGAGUUCGGGGUAGACCAGUCCAUCAACAAUUGAAACAUGAUUUGAUCGAACAUAUAUGGGAUAAGUUUGGGUAA